UACCUCCAUGCUUACCUCCAUGCUUACCUCCAUGCUUACCUCCAUGCUUACCUCCAUCCUACCUCCAUCUUACCUCUAUCUUUCUAUAUACCUAAGCGCCGUGCGAACAACUCAGAUGUUUUUGUCCUAUCAUAGGGUACGGUAUGAAGUGAUAGACAUAUUCUAUCCUACCGAGAAUCUUUCGCCCCAUCAGCUUCAUGAGCUUCGGACAAACCCUUGAUAUUGGGGCCUAGGCUCCUCAUCGGUAAAGAAUGUUGCCUCCGUAUGAGUCUAGCGAUCGACUCAAUCCGUUCCAAAACGGCUAGUUGGGUCGCAAUACCAGAGGACUUUGCCUUGCAAGCCUUAAGCUUAUUUUUGCCAUCGUCCCGUAAAUUGAAAAGUAUGUCUUUCAUGGUAUCAAGGAUAGUUGUUGGGUUCAUAAUGUAUCUGGUGUUGUGCUGCCGAACCGUGCCCGUCUCCUGCGUCUCCUCCCUUUGGGGGCUUUUCGCCGAGUCCGUCCCCGGCCCCCUCUUCAGAGGAAGCUGUUGCGCCACUGGAUAGCGGGGA